AUGUACAGCAACAAGUCAAUUUUAAUAAAAAUAUUUAAAUUCUUUGGCUAUUUGUUGCUGUUAAUCGGUCUAAGCUAUCAAAUUCAGCGACUCUACAAGAAGCUCAAAAUUGAACCGGAAAUUUUCUCAAAAGAAAGUUCAAUCCAAAGCAGUCAAAUUCCAUUUCCAGCUGUUACUGUCUGUCCACCGACUAAUGUAAAGAAUGAAGCAUGGAAUCCUGAAUUUUUGAGGCUUAACAACUUGACGGUUAAUGAUUUGCGAGGUGCAUCUCUUCAGACAUGUCCAAACCAUGACAUGUACAUGCUAUACAAUGACAGUGACGUGAAUGUUGUGGAUGUGCUUCUCAAAUCAUCUUUAACCGUAGCCGAAAAUAUAAAUCAUUGUGGAAUAAACAAAUACUGGGUUGACAAUAUGGAUUGUGAUAAGCUUUUUAUCAAAUCGGUGACUGAAUUUGGGAUCUGCUAUACAUUCAACAUGCUUGGACAUGACUUAUUGUUCAAUGAUCAAGUCAGUUCAGAUUUCGAUACAUUUAAGCGAACCAAAAUUGCAAAAACUUGGGAUCCUGAGCAAGUCAUGAAUGAGUCACGUCACGAAAAUGACACAGAUCCGCCAACAUGGAGCCUUGAACAUGGAUACUUGAGUAAUGUUGAAUUUGUACAGCCAGCAAAAGCCCUUAAAAUGCAAACUUUAUUAAUCAAUAUAAUUGGCUUAUCCAACGAUAGCUUCUGUCAAGAACGGGAAAGAAACUACAAAUUAAUGCUUCAUUUGCCGAACGAAUUGGCACAAAUUUCAUAUGAGACGAUUGAUAUUCCAUUUGGAAUCGAUGACAACAUUCUUAUAUCCGCUGAUGUAUCCCAAAAUGAAGAGUCUUUAAGAAGCUUUAAGCCAGACAAGCGUGGAUGCUACUUUGAAGGUGAAAAGUCAUUAAAAGUCUUUAAAUCCUACACAAAAGCCAACUGCGAGUAUGAAUGCAUGACUGACUUUGUGAACGCAACUUGUGGAUGUGUCAAGUUCUCAAUGCCCAGGACGAAGGACAUGAAAGUUUGUGAUUUUAUCCAAUAUAGUUGCAUAAUGACAAUAACUGACAUUUUUCCGAGAAGUUACUACGAAGAUCAAGACAAUCAGAAGAAGUUUUCAGACUAUCCAUGCGGCUGCUUGCCAUCAUGCACUGAAAUCAAGUAUAAAGUCAUUAAAAAUGAGAGACGGAAUAAAGAAAUUGGUUACAUUAAGGGCAACUACCUGCUUGCAGAUAUAAAAGUCACAUUUGCUGACUCACAGAUCGAAAAGACAUCCAACUACGUGACUUAUGAGCUGGAGAACUUCAUCUUCGAUAUUGGUGGCUUGAUUGGACUGUUCUUAGGAUCAUCGAUAUUGUCUGUAUUGGAACUAAUUGUGAGCAUCUUUAGGACAAUCAAAAAUUAUACUCAAAGAGUACGAAAUACACUGACAUUGAGGAACGAGAGGAAGAUUGAAGAACAAGCUCAAUUUAGGAAGAACAGACGAUCCGUUACAACUAUCUACAGUCAAAGAUCUGAGAUGGUCGAGCUUGAAGUUGUAGAUUUUGGAAAUUAA